CGGGCGCCCUUCAUCCCCCGCCGCAGCACUCCGCCGGGAGCAGAGAAGACAGCGCCGGCCGGAGCGGAGCACCGCGCGUCCCCACCCGUGAGGCCAGACUUCGGAGUGUUGGUGUGUGAGCUAGCACUCCUGGUGGUGAUCCCUGAGCCAUGGAGGCACCUCUGCAGACAGAGAUGGUGGAGCUGGUGCCCAACGGCAAACACUCGGAAGGACUCCAUCCAGUCCCUACCCCCACAGCGGGCAGCCAGAGGGUCGAGGGCCCCCGGCAGAGCUGUGUUGCGGGUGAGGGCUUCCUGCGGAAAAGCCCCAGCAAGGAGCCACACUUCACUGACUUCGAGGGGAAGACAUCGUUUGGGGUGUCAGUGUUCAACCUCAGCAAUGCCAUCAUGGGCAGUGGCAUCCUGGGGCUCGCUUACGCCAUGGCCAACACGGGCAUCGUCCUUUUCCUGUUCCUGUUGACGUCCGUUGCCCUGCUCUCCAGCUACUCCAUCCACCUGCUACUCAAGUCCUCAGGGAUCGUGGGCAUCCGUGCCUAUGAGCAGUUGGGUUACCGUGCCUUUGGGACCCCGGGAAAGCUGGCAGCGGCCCUGGCCAUCACGCUGCAGAACAUUGGAGCCAUGUCCAGCUACCUGUACAUCAUCAAGUCUGAGCUACCCCUUGUCAUACAGACCUUCCUGAACCUGGAGAAGCAAACUUCGGACUGGUACAUGAAUGGGAACUACCUGGUCAUUCUGGUCUCCAUCACCAUCAUUCUGCCCCUGGCACUGAUGCGGCAGCUUGGCUACCUGGGUUAUUCCAGUGGCUUCUCUCUCAGUUGCAUGGUGUUCUUCUUAAUUGCAGUCAUCUACAAAAAGUUCCAGGUGCCCUGCCCACUGCCUCCCAACUUUGCCAACAUCACAGGCAACAUCAGUCUCAUGGAGGUCACCAAGAAGACGCAGCUGCAGGGGGAGACUAGCACUGCAGACCUCUGUACCCCAAGCUACUUCACACUCAACAUACAGACGGCGUACACCAUCCCAAUCAUGGCCUUCGCCUUCGUCUGCCACCCGGAGGUGCUGCCCAUCUACACAGAGCUCAAGGAUCCCUCCAAGAGGAAGAUGCAGCACAUUUCCAACCUAUCCAUCGCCGUCAUGUAUGUCAUGUACUUCCUGGCUGCCCUCUUCGGCUACCUCACCUUCUACGACAGGGUGGAGUCGGAGCUGCUGCACACCUACAACAAGGUGGACCCAUUCGACGUGCUGAUCCUGUGUGUGCGCGUGGCUGUGCUGACGGCAGUCACACUCACAGUGCCAAUCGUUCUGUUUCCGGUGCGCCGCGCCAUCCAGCAGAUGCUAUUUCCAAACCGGGAGUUCAGCUGGCUGCGGCACACGCUCAUUGCCACUGGCCUGCUAACUUGUAUCAACCUGCUGGUCAUCUUCGCCCCCAACAUCCUGGGCAUCUUCGGGGUCAUUGGUGCCACAUCUGCCCCAUGCCUCAUCUUCAUCUUCCCUGCUAUCUUCUACUUCCGCAUCGUGCCCACUGAGAAGGAACCUGCAAGGUCCACACCCAAAAUCCUGGCCCUGUGUUUUGCUGGGCUUGGCCUCCUGCUGAUGACCAUGAGCUUGAGCUUCAUCAUCAUUGACUGGCUCUCGGGGACCAGCCGGCAUGGAGGAAGCCACUAGGACAACCCAAUCUUGUUCUGUCUACUCAUCCUCGUAUCCCUGCCCACACUCUUCCACCCAGUGGCCAGUCGGGGGGAGGAGAAAGACGUGAUUAACACUAUGGCAUUUGGCCCUACCCCACGUCCUCUCUGUGAAAGGUUUUUGUUAAAGAGCCAGGACCAAGGCCCUUGGGCCACUACCCGACUGGGCUUCCCGGCUGCAGAGGCUUCCUGAGCUGGGAGCACCAUGAGCUGUGCCUCUGCUCCCCUCUUCUUGCCUCACAUCCAAACCCAAGCCCCUUAUCCUCUUUGCACAGAUGUACACACGGAGGCCUGACAGCUGCCUCCUGACGUCACACAGCCUGUAGGGGCACAUAGAGCUGAAACCCAGGACUGCAGCCAUCCCCCCACCUUGCUGCUGGGCCACAGUCUACAUCCUGGAGCCCCAUCUCCCACAGCCCUUGCCUUCCCUCUUUCUGUCCCCUAGGUCCCACAAAGGCACUUGGGCUUAGGUCCUUGGAUACUUUUGUCCCCUUCUCCCAUUCCCUCUACCAGUAGCAUAACCCUCACCCUAUACGUGGAGCCAACAGGCUCUUUUGAGGGUGAAGCUGGUGUGGGUACCCCCAAUGGGCCCCUACCCUACCCCUUCACCAGUCCUGGGGAGGCUGGGACUCCCCCCACCCCAAGCCUGGGCCAUAGCUCACAUUCCACUGUGGGGAGAAGAGAGAGACGGGGCCCAGAGCGCCUUUGUCUCUGGGAGCCAAAGACCCCAGGGGCCAGCCUGGGGCAGGGGUGGAGAGGCUGGCUGGCAAACCCCCUUUUAUAAAUAUUAUACGUAAGACCAGCUGUGUUUUAUAUUGUGAAUCUCCACGGUCCCUGGAUUCCUGGAAAGUAGAGUGAGAGCCAGGACAUGGAUGGUGAUAGAGGCCACUCCUGCUUCUUCCCCGGGAUGAGGCUGGGGACAGGGUGUGAAUCCCCUACCCCACCCCGCCCCCUGCCUCCCAAACCAACCAGUGGUGUGCUCAGGCCUGGGCCACAUUCAGCAUAGACCUGCUUUCUCACGGCUGAGGUGGGGAAGAAUUAAUGAGGCCCCAGGAAAUGGGACAGAGAGAGGCCUCCGGAAGGAGGCAACGUGAGUUGCAUCCCCAGCAGCUACACAGGGGGGCUGAGCUGGGGCCGCUGCGGAAGCUCUGCGGAAGGGCCCCCUGCCCUCCCCUGGCUGCCACGUCAACCCUCUGUCAAUGCCUUGAGUCUGGAAACAAAAGUCCAGGGACCCUGUACUCUGUCAGUCUGAUCUUUUUAUUAAUAGGAAAACCCACUGUGAAUAAAGGUGGGUUAAUCUGUCCCUGUA